AUGGCGGUAUUAUCUGAAAUCGAAGAGCCGCCGCAGCCGGCGCAGCCUCCGUCGGAAGGGCCAAGUGCCGGCGAGAGUAGCUCUCGAGCGCGCGAAGCGGGCGAAAGUGGUAACGGUACGGACGAGUUUCCGUACGACGGCUCGCUGCUAUCGCUGCUCAGGCAGCACGACGAUCGGCCGUUGGAUCUGCUCCGGACGGUCGUUGGCUUCUUGCAACGAAAGUCGAGCUUCUUCGCAGACGCGCGGUCGGAGACUGAAGCGGAAAAGCUGAUUCACUCGGCGCGAGGGAAGGACGGUGCGUCAGCGAUGGAGAUCAGCGAUGGGGAAGCGAAGGAGAUGGAGGAGGACGGAGAUGAGCCGGUGGCGAGCGGGAAACUGAAGCCAUCCCCGGGCAACGGAGCGGAUCUGGGGCGAUACUCCUUCACACAGACUUUGGGAGAGUUGAAUCUAGCGAUUCCCCUGCCUGCGGGCACCAAGGCACGGGGAGUGGCGGUGGAGAUCAAGAAGACAAAGCUGGUGGCUGGGCUGAAGGGCCAGCCGCCUGUGCUGGAGGGCGAGCUGUGGGCGCCAGUGAAGGUGGACGACUGCAUCUGGAGCAUUGAGGACAACCCUGGGGGCGGUCGCACCCUCUCCAUCCUCCUCACCAAGGUCAACCGCAUGGAGUGGUGGAGUGCGGUGGUGAGGGGCGAGCCGGAGAUCGACACUCAGAAGGUGGAGCCGGAAAACAGCAAGCUGGGCGACCUGGACGCUGAAACGAGGCAGACUGUAGAGAAGAUGAUGUACGACCAGCGGCAGCGGCAGAUGGGGUUACCAACGAGUGAGGAGCAGCACAAGCAGGAGAUUCUCAAGAAGUUCAUGGCUCAGCACCCCGAAAUGGAUUUCUCCAACGCCAAGUUUCCGAUGUGA